GUGGUUUUUGUGCCUGCUGCCUGUGCAUGUGUUUAGUUACCUAUAUUCAGUAAGUAUUCUUUGUAAAUCUGUUGGUAAAAGAAUAUUCGACAAUGGCAGAUGCAAAGCAAGGAAAGGCGACGUCGGAAGAUCUACAUAAUGGUUCAUCACAAUCACGGGUUAUAUUGGCGAAACCACGUCUGGGUGGAUUUGGUUCAUCAAGCUUUGCCUCAAGUUCCAACAAAACUUGUAAUCCAUUCGGCUCUGUCCUACGCCCACCACAGUUGAAACCAACCAACAAUCCAUUUUAUAAACAUGCCGAAACAACAGAAGAUGUUGAAGCAGAGAAAGAGAAAACACCACAGACUGAGCCUGUUGAGAGAUUGCAGGAUAAGAAGGAGGAAAUUGACCCUCCAAAGUUUGUUCCGCUGGGUUCAGGUGGUGCCACCACAAGAUCAUCUAGUACUGUCCCAGCACCAGCACAGCCAACAACUGCUACAUCAUCAGCUGGAUUUGUUUUCGGACAGAACUUAAGUGAACGAGUUGUAAUGGCUGAUUCAGUUAAUAAUGGAGAUGCAUCCACAUUAGAUCACACUUCCACGAAUGGAACAACAGAAUUACUUUUCACAAAUGCUGCUGCUUCAGUCAAAGAAAAUAACCAGGAAGAAGCGGGUUCGAGUGAGAACAGUGGAGAGGGACUGGCGGCUGCCGCGGCGGAGUAUGAGCGCUCGCACGCGCGUCCGCCACCGCCAACCUCCAACUGCACAACCACAGGGGAAGAGGAUGAGAUAAAUGUGUUGCAGAUAACAUGUCGUCUGUUCGCGUGGGAGGCGGGCAGCUGGCGGGAGCGCGGGCGCGGCGUGCUGCGGCUGAACGACGCGCCGCAGGGCAGCGGCAGCGGCGGAGGCUCGCGGCUGGUGGUGCGCGUCGCCGGCUCCCUGCGCGUCGUGCUCAACACCAAACUGUGGCCCGACAUGGUGGUGGAGCGAGCGGGCGCCAAGUCUCUCAGAAUUACGGCCGUCGAUGCACAGCUUCAGAUCAAAUUGUACCUUAUUAUGGGUGCACCAAGCGACAUAGUACACUUGUACAGGGCACUAACAGCUCGCAUAUCAGGCAGCAAAAGAACAAUUAGUUGUAAUCAAAACGCGACAUCGCAGAGAGCCGCCGAGCGGCUGGAGGCGGACACCGACGACGCCGACUACCCCGAUAAGGCCGACUACAAUGAGGACGAUUCCUGUUUCGAAGAAGAUAAACAGAAUUUCCCCGAACCACAAGAAGAUGAAGGCGGGGAACCUAUCAUAAGCAAUAACAGACUUGAAACUAAUCCUGAAAAUAAGACUGACGAGGAAAAAGUAAAUGUACAUAAAAAGAUAGAUGAUGAAAACGAAUCAAAUGCAUUGAAAAGGAAAGAACCGGUCGAAGAUGAAACAUCCCCAAAGAGACAGUGUCCCGAAAUAGUAAUACAAAGACCAUAAACAUUUGUGAUUCACAGUACAGCGUGGGCGUGGUUCAUUAAUUUAAAAGCUCUAUAAAAGAUAUUUAUAUAUAAAAGAUAGAUGUAGAAAAGAUGAAAUGUGAAGUUGAAAUAUUAUUUUAGUACAAAGCAACGGGCCGCAGUAUUUACUGAUCUAGUAUUUUCGCAAUUUCUAAUAUCACAUUCCAAUAUUUGAAGUGUUAUGUGACUCCUCACGUCUGGCUCGAGCUGAUAACCAAAUGUACAUGUGAAUUAUUUUCUGAUGAUCGAUAACAAUAAACUUACCUUUUUUAUAA